CUGAGUGGGCGGGGUUACACGGCACAGCCAGCGCAUUGGCGCACUAUUUCUAUAGAAGAGGAGAAAGUGUUGAUGCAGGCUUGACUUAUUCUGACACAUUGCUUGUUGAUUGGCCCAGAAGGAGUUUCACCACAAUUAAGCCAAAGUAAAGGUGGAAGACUGCGUCAAUGCGUCCAGUGAAAGCCAGGGUGUGCAUCUUUAAAAUAAUAAUAAUUAUUAUUAAAAACGACAGCAACAAGAACUGUGACAUCUAGCCCACGCACCGUCUACAUUUGUGGAGCAUUUUUGGAACUACAUAUUUCUGAUCAGAAGGUUAUAUAAAUGUUGUAAAUGGCGAGCGACAACUCUUCGUUCUUAAUACAUAACAUUUUGAAUCGAGGUCUUGAUUCUCAGAAAACUAAUCGACUGUCCCGGGAAUACAGCGACGAACUUGUGAAGGCAGAGCUGCUCGGGAGGGUAGCAGGAAUAAGCUGUCCCGGAUCCACUGAUGGAAACAGAAAGGGAAGCAUCGUGUACGGACACAGCAGGCUCGCUCCCUGUGCGCUCGACCUUGACACAUCAUCGGACAGACAGUCCUGUGGAGAGGAGUCUACAGGAGAGGAGACAAUACAUAUAGAAAACAGACAAAUUCCAGAUUUGGAGCGAGAGAAGAGGGAGAGCUGUGCUUUUGCGGAUCAUCACCCGAAAGCCAGUAAGAAGCGGUGCCGCGCCGCUUUCUCGCACGCGCAGGUGUGUGAGCUGGAGCGCCGCUUUAACCUGCAGCGCUACCUGUCCGGCCCGGAGCGCGCGCACUUGGCGGGAGCGCUCAAACUCACCGAGACUCAGGUGAAGAUCUGGUUCCAGAACCGCAGAUACAAAACGAAACGGCGACAGAUGGCGGCCGAGCUCGCAGCUACCUCGGCGUCCACACUGGCCAAGCGAGUGGCUGUGAGAGUGCUAGUGAAGGACGACCAGAGGCAGUACGGAGCGGAUGAUUUCCUCCCGCCUCACUACAUGCGCCUGUACCAUUCUUAUCAGUGCUGCCCUUACAUGUACUGCGUUCAGCCCUGGAUCUCGAACAGCGCGCUCAAUGGAAACCUGUACUGACACCUUCCUCUGCUUCCCACUCACAAGCAACACGGGUUUUUUUUUUUUUUUUUUUUAUUCAAAAAUGAUUUUAGGACACUGGAGAGAGCGUAAUUUUGUAAGCUAAAUGGUUGGAGACUCCAAAGAUAUAAUGAUCUUGAACGAUGGCUUUUGAUUUUGUUCUGACAAAUGAAAGCAAAUGAUUAUAUAUUUAAGAGAUGAAAGUAAGUGGCUAAAUUUUUGUUUGUGACAGCUACAAUAAUUGAUAAAAAUCGAAUUUUGUAUGCCAUUUGUGAUUUAUUUCUAUCACCCUUGGUUAAUAAUGUACACUAAUGAUCCGCUGUCAUAUAAAAAGUUUACUCUGCACACUGUACCUCGACAUUGAAUGAACUGGGUUUUCCAUCCAAGUUGGUUUAUUUGAAGUUUGACAUAGUUAACCAAUAAAUAAACCUAAAUCACA